UGCGUUUCCUGUUUCGUUCACCACACUAGAUAGAAAAAAGCGAUGUCCAAGCCUUGAUUGGGGCCAUGAGCGACGAAGAUUCCGCUCACAGCAACGAACAAGAGCUCAGAAGGUUACUUAGUGAACGCCUCGCUGCACUUGCUUCGGCUUCCCAGAGAGAAAGUGCGAUUAACCAGCCCCAAAACCUUCUAGCUCCCGCUCUUCUCGUACGUCACUCUCAAGUCCAAGACGUGCCAAUUGAAAACCCAAUUCAGUCAUACAUGGAGGAGCUCAAGAGGGUCCAUCUUGCAGCGGCGGCGGGAAGCCUCGAAAAUGCGCUUCGAAUUUUGCUGUCUACGUUGGCAAAUACAGCGUCCAGACUGCAUCCUCCUCCCCACGGUCAGAGCACGACUAGCAACAGCAGCAAGACGCCUUCAGAAGGAGUUGCCCGACAACCUUUCGUAUCGGAGGAAAACGAGGCACCGAAUCCAAAUGUUUCCGUUGAAAAAUUCUUGGCCAUACUGCAAGGAAGGCCGGUCCUUGAUGGUGCUACUCCGGUGCAAGAUGCAUCAAAGAAUCUACAAGCCUUUCAGCAACUUCAAUCUCGGCUUCUUUUACAAUCCCUUGUCGAGAUAAAUCAUCAGCAGCAGCUUUGUAAGAAAUUACCAGCUAAUCCGAAACCAGACCUUGGAAACGAGGCUAGAGAACUAGUUGCCGCAAACUUCCUAGUCGGGAUGAGGGAUAAACUCGAAAGUGAUAUGGAUGCCAGCGGAAGAGCUGGUAUAUCUCAUAUUUCAAGAGCGUCCGUAGGUUUUGACGAAAGGGUGGCAGCAGCAGACAAACGCAAAGCGGGUAUCCAAUCCCUGUCCAGAACAGCAACAACGGUCAGUUCCGUUGCGGUAAAGCCCAAGUCCGGUUCCUUAGCUGUCCCAACGGUACCAAGCGAAGAGUUCAGUCGAUCCUUUUCAGGAACAGGUUCAAGCUCAUCAGAUUUGUGCGCGAUAGAGCGAAGUAAAGCUCAGGAGGGUCGUGAACCGUUUCCACAAAAGCUGUACCGUUUGUUAGAAGAAGUAGCUGACCUCGGCAACGAAGACGUUGUGUCCUGGAUGCCUGGUGGAUUAUCGUUCCGGAUACAUAAGCAAAGAGCAUUUGUGCGAGAUAUUGCCCCAAAGUACUUUCGACACACCAAGAUGAGUUCGUUUAUGCGACAACUGCAAAUGUACAGCUUUCACCGCAUAUGCGAAGGCGGUAUCGUGGAUAUAUACAUGCAUCCUAACUUUAAGCGCGGAUUCCCGGAAUUCCUCCCCCGAAUACGAAGGGCUGGGGCACCAGCAUUGAAAGGCAAGUAAAUCGGCGAAUCGAUGCGAUGCUUUAGCAGUAGUGAGUGAUAGACGCCACUUCAGUAUCGUCGUUUUCUCCAUCGAUAAACUUGUGGAACACAAGUUAACCUAUGAGUAAAAAGGCCCAAUUGCUCACAAAUUUAAAGCAAUGGAAAGUAGAGACAUACAAAGUCUCAUGGAGACAAGGAUUGUUUGCUUGCUUACUCUUUCUGCAUGUUUUGCAAUCCACCCUUUCGCCUUCAAGGCUAGGCGGUCCAUUUCAGCUGGUCGGUCCUCAUUGUGCACCCAAAGUAUAUUGAUGGACGGUCUACUGGUGGCGCAUUGCAAAGUAGAGAUUGCACGAGAGCUCUGUACCUUCGU